AUGGCACCCAACACAGGAGACUCUAAUGUGAAUGAUGGACAACCGACACAGCUUUUAGAUGGCACUGCAGGGCAGGAGCAGGAGCGAGAAGAAGGCAUUUGGUCUUCCAUACUGGAUAGUGUAUCGUCCACUAAAGCUAUUCCAACAAAAAACGCAAUAAUACUAGGUGAUAAGGAGUCAGGAAAAUCCACUCUCAUCAGUUAUUUAAAAGGUGAAGACGAUUUUGAGACGUCGGACCGCAACAAUAGUCUUAACAAAGCAGAAGAUGGAUUACCAAGAGGAGACUAUCAGAAUAAUGACUUGGCACUUAGUUAUACAUUUGUUGAUAUCGAUGAUGAAGAAACUGAAGAAGAUGACACAAUCGCUCGUCUAGGUUUUUACCAGCUGGCGAGCUCAGACAAAGCCUAUAAUUCUUUGCUUCGCUUUGCUCUCAAUUUAACAACACUACAAGAGUCGGUCAUUAUUAUAGUCUUGGAUUGGUCUCGUCCGUGGACGUUCAUCGAGACGUUGCAACGUUGGAUCAAAGUGGUUGAACAGGCAAUCAAUUCUGUGAAGCAAGAGGGCGAUUCUGGUUCAAAGACUGGUUGGACAAAGGGCAAAGUUCUAGUUGAAGAAAUGGCGGAAUUAUUGGAAAAGUUUAUUCAGUCAUAUACCGACUCCGAGACAUCUGCACCUAAUUCCAACGUUCUUGAACCUGAAUCGGAGGUAGCACUUCCCAUGGGUCCAGGAACUCUAACCACUAAUUUGGGCAUUCCGUUAAUUGUUGUUUGCGCAAAGUCUGAUAAUAUUUCAAAUCUCGAGCAAGAUUCUAAGUUUAAAUUCAAAGAAGAACAGCUGGAAUUCAUACAGCAAAAUUUACGAACAGUCUGUCUUAAAUAUGGCGCUGCUUUGUUUUACACAUCUACCCGACAUCCAGAAACAAUCGGAAAUCUUCGUAAAUACAUCCUCUAUAGACUCCUUGGUGCAAAAGCAUCUUCAAGCACCAACAAAUCCGCAUUUGCUUUUAACUUAAAGACUGAUGUUGUAAACAAAGAGAGAGUAAUGAUUCCGACUGGAUGGGAUUCUUGGGCAAAGAUCAAAAUUUCCCGAGAAUUCGAUUGUAAGGGUGUAUCAGAAGGAUGGGAUGACGACAUGGAACCAAGGGAUAGUAAUCAAACAGAGGAUAGUAGUGUGAGUGCCAAAAAGAUAUACGCCGAAGUUAUCUAUCAGGAAGACGACGACAAUCCGUUGUCAGAACAAGUUAUGAUUGUUGCUGAAGACGAACAAGACUUCUUUAAGGGAUAUUAUGAUUCAAUCUCGAAACAGAAUGGCGAUAAAGUGCAAAUGGCACCAUCGGUGGUUGGGCCAAUGGGUGCAGCAGCCUAUACAGCUGCAUAUACUAACAUUGGCGGAAUCGACGAAGAGAAAUGGGCUAAAUUCGGAAUUGGCAAAGAUCAAAGCAAAAGCAGCACAAGCAAUGUGCCGGCUGUUAACGGUGAGGCUCCAAAUGGCCCUGUAAAUGGCGUAGGGACAUCGACGCAACCGCCUUCCCAGAAUGAAGUUCUUGCUAAUUUCUUCCAAGGGCUUCUUGAAAAGAGGGCAGGCACAAGUAGAUCCCCACAACCGCCUGCGAAUGGUUCCACAGCCAAUUUGGCUUCAGGAAACCCUAAACUAUCGACUGUUGCUAUGGUACAGGUAGAACUUGAGAAAAUGAAAGCAACUGCUGGUACUGUCGGCAAGUGA